UCCGCCCGGAAGCUGUGAGCCACGGAACAUUCUCUCGGGUUGCGCGUGUACAAGUGGGCGGCCAGCGCCACGGAACAGUCUCUCGGUGGCAGGCAGGACGCGACGACGAUUUCCGCCCAGUUUUCUUUGUGAUUGCGCGAGAAAGCCGUGUGAAUCCGCCCGGAAGCUGUGAGCCACGGAACAUUCUCUCGGGUUGCGCGUGUCCAAGUGGGCGGCCAGCGCCACGGAACAGUCUCUCGGUGGCAGGCAGGACGCGACGACGAUUUCCGCCCAGUUUUCUUUGUGUGCAGAACGUCGGACAUCGUAGUACGAAAAGCUGCACAUCGAUCCACUGUGGAAUGGACAAUUUCUGGAAAGAAAUUUCGCAAGUCUGCGGUCCUGUUUCGUCAAGGAUACGGCUAAUCCUCGAAGAAGUAGGCUACAUACACUCUGGGUUAGCUCAUUUAGAAGAAGCUGAAAUCGCAGAAAUCGAGAACGCCGUGCGGUCUUUCCCACAAACAUCAGAGCGAUCGGAAGCCGAGUGGCAGCAACUGCUCGGAUUCAGGAAACCACUGAGACAGUUUCAGUUUCUGUUGGGCGAGCGGAGCUUGUUGAAGGAGGUGAGCCGUUGUGUGCGCGAACAUGGCAUAGCAAAAUUUUGCAAGAAAUUGCUGCAGCAAGAUUCCGCUUCGAAGCCGGUUCCGCGUGUGCUGGAGCAAGAGAACGAGGCUGUACGGCGAAAGGUUGUUGAGUAUUACGAGAGCAUGUGUUCUGACCAAGACAGUCAACAUUUGUUGGCCUUCUCCUCGAAACUCCCAUCCAUGCAGGUCCGCGUGUCCUCCUUUGCCUUCCUCUAUGUUCCUUGACAACGAGACCGCUUCAAAUCCCGAUACCAUCUGUCAACUGUUUGCAGAGAAAUUUUCCAGAAUGUUCAUCAAUGAAUCCCUUUCACCGCACGAGGUCGCAGCCGCCACAGAAAAUGUGCCACCCUGCGGCAACGUUCUGGACCGACUCGUACUCGACGACCAACGAAUCAUGAACGCAGCUGCCAGAUUGAAAUCAACCUCAUCAGUAGGACCUGAUGGAAUCCCCUCUAGUAUCCUGAAAAAGUGCAUCCAAUGCCUGCUGUCUCCACUACGAUUCCUGUUCCAGCACUCUCUCGACAAAGGGGUUUUUCCGGACCUGUGGAAAACUGCUUUCAUGUUUCCAGUCUAUAAAAAGGGAAACAAACGUGACAUCGACAACUACCGGGGGAUCUCGGCGCUUUGCGCCGUCUCCAAGCUGUUCGAGCUCGCUGUGCUCGACCUGGUGUUUUUUCACUGCAAGCAACAGAUCUGCGCUGAGCAACAUGGCUUCAUGCCGGGACGUUCGACUACAUCGAACUUGCUGACCUUCACCACCUUCCUGACCAAGGGGCUAGCUAGUCGAAGCCAAACCGACGUAAUCUAUACUGAUCUCUCCGCAGCCUUCGACAGGCUCAACCAUGACAUCGCGAUUGCUAAGCUCGAAAAACUAGGGUUUAGUGGCAGUUUGCUCGGUUGGUUUCAGUCCUAUCUUUCCAGACGAACAAUCAGUGUGAAGAUCGGCGAAUGCGUCUCGCUGCUAUUCCUUGCCUACUCCGGUGUAGCGCAAGGAAGUCACUUGGGGCCUCUUAUAUUCUUGCUCUACUUUAACGACAGCAAUUUUGUACUGGAUGGACCAAGACUCGCUUAUGCCGACGAUUUGAAGAUCUUCCGGUACGUGAACUCAACGCAUGACGCUGAACUACUUCAACAGCAGCUGGACAAAUUCGCUGAGUGGUGUGCCACUAACCGCAUGACCUUAAACCCUCUGAAGUGUUCCGUUAUAUCGUUCACCAGGAAGCUCAGGCCGAUCACGCACAACUACACGCUCCUCGGAACAACCGUCCCGCGGGUCGAAUGCAUAAACGAUCUCGGAGUGCUGCUAGACGCGAAGCUCACGUACAAGAAUCACGUCGCAUACAUCGUUGCAAAAGCCUCAAGACUGCUUGGUUUCAUAUUUCGUGCGACCAAAAAGUUCACCGACGUCUACUGCCUGAAGUCAUUGUACUGCGGCCUCGUCCGGUCAACCCUGGAAUACAGUUCCGUGGUGUGGAAUCCCUGGUACCAGAAUAGCUCGGAGAGGAUCGAGAGCGUGCAGCGGCGAUUCAUUCGUUUCGCACUCCGCUUGCUUCCAUGGAGAGACCCCCACCGUCUCCCAAGCUACGAAAGCAGAUGUCAGCUUAUCCAUCUGGACUCUUUGGCUGUUCGUCGCAACGCCGCACGUGCAACCGCUGUUGCCGACCUGCUCACAUCAAGGAUUGAUUGCCCCUCCCUACUCGGUGAGCUGAAUCUGCAAGCUAGAUCUCGUGUGCUGCGCGGAGGUGCCUUCUUCCGAAUCCCACUUGAAGCUGCCAACUACAGUGCACACGGCUCCAUCAUCGGACUUCAACGGACCUUCAAUCGAGUAGCCUCAAUUUUUGAUUUUAAUGUGUCACGUGAUGUUUUGAAAAAGCAAUUUUUGGAGUUUUUUAGAUGUAAUUAAAUUAUUAUUGUGUAACAUAGUCACAGUAUCAUUGGGGUCAUUGGUGGCCUGUUG